GAGUGUCAGGUUCACCUAACAGAGACCUUAGCGUCGACUCUAAAAGUCACCAUGAUCAAGUCGUCCCGUGCUCACAUUCCGCGCUUCGUCAGGUUCACCCAACCGAGAAUACGGUAGUUCGUCAGUCUUUACUCUCUCGCUACGGUUCGUUCCGUGCUCACAUUGCGCGUUUCGUUGUUCCAUCUGGCGUGAGGAUGACAAAGGCCGAGUCAGCGAGAGGAUAACAAAGGCUGAGUCAGCGAGAGGAUAACAAAGGCUGAGUCAGCGAGAGGAUAACAAAGGCUGAGUCAGCGAGAGGAGGUUCCAUGGGGAUGGCAGCACCCGGCGUGCGAGUCGAGCCAAAGUCUCUGACGUUCCCUUUUGAGGCGAAUAAGGACCUUACUCUGACCGUCCAGAUAACCAACGGCUACUCCCGUGACAUCUUACUCCAUGUGGAGCCCGGACCGGUGCGCAAGUACGAGGUGAAAGAAGGGCUGAAGCACGUCGUGGCAGGAGGACGGUCCAUCACACUCACGAUGGUGUGCUCCGCCCUGCCAGCCAUGCCGUUCUUCCCCGAUCACUUCAUUGUAACCGCCUACAUGGCUGGUUACCACUCCAGGGACGCGCUCUCCACCUCCGCUCCGACCACUGAUCUGCGCCGUAUGAGUGCGACCAAGCUGCCUGUCUUCUUCUUCAGCAAGGUUUCCAGAACCAGAGGCGAGGGGCCGGCAGGGGAUUUCGGGAAGGAGGGGGCGAAAGCGGAGGACGAGACUGAGCAGGCUGCAGAUGUGCAAAACGACGGAGGGAGGCAGCAGCAGCAGAGGCGGGAGGAGGUGCAGCAACAGCAGGAGGAGAGGGAGGAGGGGCAGGGGAAAUUGGGCAAGGUGGAGGGGCGGAGGAGGCCGUCCCUGGCUGAUGUUGCCGCCCUGGCAGUUCAGCGAAUGAAGGAAGAGGGGUCCGCUCAAAGCCCAAGCCAAGGGCAAGGUGGACGGCUGGGUGCGGAGAGGGGAGGAGGAGGGAGCAAAGGCUCGGGGAGGGCGGCGCCACCGCACAAGAGCUUGACAAGCCAGAAGUCAAUGAGACGGCUCAUGUCGCGAGUCAUUGGCCGGCAAAAGAGCCACGAAUAUCUGUGGGAGAUGUUUCUCAAGACGUCGCGGGCGGACUUUGUGAGUCUGCAGGAGCACGUGAUGGGCAUGGUGCAGGAGAGGCAGCACCUGCGGGAGGAGAACCAACAGCUCAAAGACGCGCAGCAGCAGGAGAGGCAGCACCUGCGGGAGGAGAACCAACAGCUCAAAGACGCGCAGCAGCAGAUUUUGGAGAUCCAAUCUCGAGACUCGUUUGACUCGCUUGACACACUGUGCCUGCCUCCAGACUCCAACGACCCCUCUACCACCGCCUGCACCACUGCUACUGCUGCAGGCGCCUCAGGAACAAGCACGAGCACAGGGCCAAACGCCAUCCCUCUGGCCGAAUCGAAUCCUGCUCGUUUGGCUUCCCCGAGCACCGAGCCCUGCGGCUUGCCUGCUAUGGCGCCCAUCUCCUCCCCCUUGCCAGAGCUUCCCCCAUUCAGCAGCACCACCUCCUCCUCCUCUUCUCCCUCAUCCUCCUCCAUUACUGCCCCCUCGGAUCCUUCAUUCAAUCACAUCACAAGAGCACUCACAAACCCUGGUUCCGCCAACACCCACUCCAUCUCGCUCCUCGGCCCAGUCCCAGACAUAACCAUCCCCAAACGCAACUCCCUCGCUUCAUUCCCAGCUUCAGCCUUCCCCCCCCCUUCCUCCUCGGCCUUUCCCCCCGCCCCCGCCCCGCACUUCCCCUCCUCUGCAAGCACCGCCUUCCUCCCCUCCUCGUCCUCGUCCAUCGCAUCCUCCUCACCGUUCUCCACCUCGCUGGAUCGCUCCUCCACACUCCCCCCAGGGGGCAUCGCGUCCACCCCGUCUGGCCGCAGCAUGUCCCGGUGGGGGACGGUGUCAGAAGCGACCCCAUUCGAUGCGAAUCAAAGGGCGUCUACCCCCUCGGGUCGGACCUUGGCGCGGUGGGGAACGGUGGGGGAGAGUGCGUUGGACAAGGAGGCGCAGAGGAAGGAGGCGGUGCGGCGGGCGCUGCUGGAGGAGAACAACGGGCUCAAGGACCAGCUGGAGGAGAGGGAGCGGGCGGUGAGGGCGUCGCAACGCAAGGGGAACACUCUCGUCAGGGAGCUGGCGGCAGCACAAUCGCAGCUGUUGUCAGUGGAGCAGCAGGUGCAGGAGGAGAGGGAUGAGCGGCAGCGGUUGGCCAAGGAGCUGGAGUCGGUGCAGGCAGCGCUGAAGCAGCAGAUGCAGGCCGUGGAGGAACAAAAGGAGAUGAUGGCCCGGCUCAUGGCACAGCAGCAGCAGCAGCAGCAGCAGACGGAGCAGCAGCAGCAGGCAGAUGCUUUGGAGGAAGGAGGGUCAGAGGCAGGGAGUGAGGGUGGGGAGGGUGGAGGCAAGGGGGACGGGGAUGGGAAGAAGAGGAAGGAGAAGAAGGAGAGGAAGGAGAAGAAGGAGAAGAAGGAACGGAAGGAGAGGGAGAGGCGGGAGAGGAAGGAGAGGGAGGAGCGGGAGGAGAAGGAAUGGGAGGGAUGUUUGGAAAGGGCAGGAGGGGAUGGGAUGCAAAGCAAAACACAUGGAGGGCAGUCUUGCUGGUACGAUGAAGGGCCAGGCGACGGGUACGAUGAGGGGCAUGGUGGGGGGUACGAUGAGGGGCCAGGCGUGGCUUAUGGUGGCGCAGAUGGUGCGGUCUGCGGGAAGGCGGAGCAAAGGAGAAGUGAAUCAGCAGGGGAGGCAGAGGCUGUAGCAGGCGAGGGGCGACACGCACACAAGGAGCACACGGACCCCCAGAAGGAAUGGCGAUUGGGACUGCUGGAAAGCAGUGCUAUUGGAGGAGCCCGGGAUGGGGGAGCCCGGGAUGGGGGAGCCCGGGAUGGGGGAGCCCGGGAUGGGGGAGCUGCAGGGAAGUGGGGAGUUGGGGAAGCAGGUGCGCGUGACGGAAGGGGCAAUGGGCACGCAAGAACCAAGAGUGAUGGAGAAGUAGGCAGCCAGUUGCGUGGGGCUGACAGGGAAGGGUCUGACUCCGGCACUGGGAAUGGGAAUGGUGGACAUGAUGGACAUGAUGGACAUGGUGGACAUGAUGGACAUGAUGGACUUGAUGGACAUGAUGGACAUGAUGGACAUGAUGGAAAUGAGGGGGCGGACAGGUCACCUCCCAGGGUGCAGUUGUCUCGCAGGCCGCCUCGAUCCCUCAACCUGGGGUUUGCAAAGAGACCCAGUGGACGAAGAGACGAAACAGAUUGACUCAGACCAGCCGUUUGAAGGUAUUGUAUAGCCUGGCUACCAGAUUGACCCUUCAGCUGGCGGCGCAGGUCGGCGAGCCACGCCUCUAAAUCCACCGCACGACCCUCGGCGUCCAGGCGGAGAGUAGAGUCCGCCAUCAUGCAAAGCUGCAGCAGCUGUCGAACGCAGGAGGAGGAGCAGGGAGGAGGCGGGUGCGGUGGAGUGUGGUCGUCGAGAUGGCCUUCGAGGGCACCGGCGCAGGGGAGAAACCAGCGCCGGCGGUGAUCUGGGGCCGGCGGCGAGCAGAGACCGGUGCGGCUAGCAGGGGCCGGCGCGGCUAGCAGGGGCCGGCGCGGCGAGCAGGGGCUGGCGUGGCUAGCAGGGGCUGGCGAGGCGAGGAGAGGCCGGCGCGGCGAGCUGGAGCCGACGCGGCUAGCUGGUGCCGACGCGGCGAGCUGGGGCGGCGCGGCGAGCCGACGCCGCAGGCCGGGGCGGCGCAGCGGGCUGGCGCCGACGCGGCGAGCUGGGAUGGCACGGCGAGCUGGGGCCGAUGCGGCGAGCUGGGGCCGACGCGGCGAGCUGGGGCCAGUGUGGCGAGGAGAGGCCAGCGUGGCGAGGAUGGGCCAGCGGCGAGCUAGGGCAGACACGACGGGCAGGGGCCAGCACGGCGAGCUAGGGCCAGCGCGGCGGGCUAGGGGCCAGCACGGGCAGCGGGCUAGAAGCCAGCGCGGUGCGGCGAGCUAGGGGCCAGCGCGGUAUAGCGAGCUGGGGCCGACGCGGCAAGCAAAGGGCCAGCGCGGCGGGCUAGGGCCAGCGCGGCGAGCUAGGGCGAACGCGGCGCGGCGGGCUAGGGCAGGCGCACUCUAGGAGGCAGGGCGCUCUAUGGUAGCCUACGACGGAAGUGUGGAUGGGUGGGACCUACCUAGCGGGAUACCAUCUCAGAGUAACAAAUCGAGGUAAAGGAAGGCAUAUAGGGUGAUGUAUCUAUUUGGUGUUGUACUCUCUAAGAGCACGAACCGAUCUAGCCUAAAACUAUACGUGCAAUGUAAUUUUAUCAGUUGACAGUUAGGGGCUGUGACACUCUUAGGGCGUAUUCCUUCAGGACACUGUUCAGUACCAGCAAUCCG